UGCGGUAUCUCUCUCUCUGUAGAGUAAACAGUAGAGGAGGACAUGGCGGCCGUGCUGAUGAGGUUUGUCCCCGGUUCUCUUGGACCAGCUGCGGUCCAGAGGUCUCUGUCCUUCAGCUCCAGCGCUGCCGUCCGAGCCAUCAGCUUGUCUCCAACAAAACCUCUCCCAGAAAAGGUGAAGAUUGUUGAAGUGGGACCCAGAGAUGGACUACAGAAUGAGAAGACUCUUGUCCCUGCUGAGGUGAAGAUCCGUCUAAUUGACAUGCUGUCGGAGGCGGGGCUUCCUGUCGUUGAGGCCACUAGUUUUGUGUCACCUAAAUGGGUCCCUCAGAUGGCAGAUCAGGAGGAGGUGAUGCGUGGAAUUCACAGGAAGAACGGAGUUAAUUACCCAGUACUGACCCCCAACCUGAAGGGCUACAGAGCAGCUGUAAAUGCCGGAGCAAAGGAGGUUGCAAUAUUCGGAGCUGCCUCUGAGCUCUUCAGUAAGAAGAACAUUAACUGCUCAGUGGAGGAGAGUCUACAGCGCUUUGAGGAAGUGAUGACAGCAGCCAAACAGGAUGGAAUACCUGUGAGAGGAUAUGUGUCUUGCGUACUUGGCUGCCCAUAUGAAGGGAAGGUAUCUGCAGCUAAAGUUGCGGAAGUUGCUAAGCGGCUCUACUCUAUGGGUUGCUAUGAGAUUUCCCUGGGCGACACCAUUGGCGUUGGUACUCCAGGAGGCAUGAUCGAGAUGCUGGAGGCGGUGAAGAAAGAGGUGCCUGUGCAAGCCCUAGCUGUGCACUGCCACGAUACCUAUGGACAGGCACUUGCUAACAUCCUGGUAGCUCUGCAGAACGGCGUGAGUGUUGUGGAUUCCUCAGUGUCUGGAUUAGGUGGAUGCCCAUAUGCCCAGGGGGCUUCUGGCAAUGUGGCUACAGAGGACGUUGUGUACAUGCUCCACGGACUAGGCAUUCACACUGGAGUGGAUCUACACAAGCUGAUGGAUGCCGGCUCGUAUAUCUGCCGUUCCCUCAACAGACGGACGAGUUCCAAAGUCGCACAAGCCGCCUGUAAACUGUGAUUUGCAAUACAAAUUGGGUGUGUUUGUGUUUGACUCUCUUUCUUUCUCACUAUGUCUCCUGUUGGUUUCCUAUGGGCAUGUGCGUUUCUCUCGCUCUCUGUCUCUUUGCUUUAUGGCAAAGGAAGCCCAGACAUGGCUGAUGGGCCUUCUGAGACACUGCUAAGGCACGGAUGCAGCACUGUGUGCUUUGUUCUGAAGGCUGUGGAACGAUUUUCCUGACUUUCCUUCUCCUCUCAUAAUGGAAGGAAGUCAGGAAGAACGUAUGAAUUAGCUGGUCCACUGUUUGCUUUUGGAUGGGAGCCUAAAUGCACAGUGGCACUGGAGGCCCUUCUGAUGAAUUAGCCUGUAAUUAUAUAUACACACAGACACACACACACUCUUCAUCUCUGUUUGUUUGUCAGGACGGAGUGUAUGACGACUGUUUCUCGUCUUAAUCGCCCAGCCUUGACAAGCCCCGUGUGUACAAGAGCCUGAGAGUUUCUCGUGAAGAUACAGAAGCAAGCAUCGAAACCCCUUUAUUCUAGUGCCUUGUUUUCACGCCGGCUAAACGGCUCGCAUGCCAAUUUUAGCCUCCCGACUAAUCUCCCGAGUGCUUCUUGGAAAGUUAAAUAUUGAGCUUUGGAGCUGGAAGGUUCAAACAACACCCACAGCACAUGUGGAGCAGGGCCUGUCAGCUACAGAAGCAUCUCAAAAUCAAUGUAACCCAGAUGUGAGAGGGGUUUGGUUGAUGGGAUGGAUGACCCAGUUAUCCCUGGUUCACACUACACAACUUUGAGUAGUCAGGUCCUUGUUCUGUUCACACUGUAUUGCUGGUUGUGAAGUAUUUGUCAACACGAGGUCACUAGUUACACGAUUUUUAACUCAGACUCAUCGGGCUGUGCUUCAAUAACACAUUUUGUGAUGUGAACACUCAGGAACUAAACGCACACAGAAACUAUUGAUGCCAUGCUUCCCUCUCUCUACAUGAUCCUAUUUACUGUUUGUAGUCACUGCCCUUGUCUCACAGUCACUGACUGGUCUAGAUAUUAAACCUGCUAGAUCUUU